UUUCAUCCCGCCCCGGCUUCUCCAAGUUCUACCCCUCUCAAGCACAACCGAAGCGGUUUCGGAGUAGCACGUAUCGUCUCCCUCUUUUUCUUCUCUCUCUCCCACUCUCUUACUUUGAGUGUAUGUGUAUGUGUGUGUCCGUUCGCCGCGUUUCACAGCAUCUCGAGUGGCCCUUUCCGUCUUCCGGCACUCUUCACCGUUCACCGGCGGUGGUAGUAUAUCAUACUUGAAUACGCCGGCCGACUCUCACCGGUACGAGGACCCAGACAGCCACUGCUCUUGCCCUGUCUUCGUCCCAACUCUAUUUCGGAAAAAAGAAAAAGAGUUUUCUCAACCAGCAGAAUAAUUCCUUUCCUCUCUUUGGGAAUCUCAUAAACAACCCGGAGACAAGCGACACCUCGUACCCCGUCGCACUCGUCAAUACACACAAACAACCACGAGACCACUUUGCCCGAGAGCAGAACUCCCAACACCGCAGCCAUGGAUCACUACAAGAACGACAGCGACCUCCAUGACAUCUCGGACGAGAAGCCCGUCGGCGCUCAGCUAGAGCAGGCCCAGAUGCUCGCUGACCUGCCGGAUCCCGACGCCGGCAAGUCAGACGAGGAGCGUGCCGCCAUCGACAAGAAGCUCAUGUGGAGGGUCGACCUCUUCCUGGUGCCCUGGCUUUCUCUUCUUUACCUGCUCUCGUUCCUCGACCGCACCAACAUCGGCAACGCCCGUCUCGCCGGCAUGGAGGAGGACCUCGGCAUGACAGGCACCAGCGACUACAACCUCUCGCUCACCAUCUUCUUCAUCAGCUACGCCGUCUUCGAGCCUGCCACCAACGCCCUGCUCAAGCGCCUGACACCGCGCCUCUUCUUCACCGGCAUCAUCAUCGCCUGGGGCUCCAUCAUGACGCUCAUGGGCCUCUGCACCAACUUCCCCGGCCUGCUCGCCGCCCGCUGGUUCCUCGGCAUCGCCGAGGCCGGCCUCUUCCCCGGCGUCAACUACUAUCUCUCGUGCUGGUACAAGGGCUCCGAGAUCGGCGUCCGCUCCGCCGUCUUCUUCUCCGCCGCCGCCCUCGCCGGCUCCUUCGGCGGCCUGCUCGCUGCCGCUAUCGCCAAGAUGGACGGCAUCGGCGGCAAGCCCGGUUGGGCUUGGAUCUUCAUCAUCGAGGGCCUGGCCACCGUCUUCGUCGGCGUCUUCUGCUGGUGGAUGGUUUUCGACUGGCCCGAGAACGCCCGCUUCCUCACCCCGGACGACCGCAUCCGCGUCCAGCGCCGCCUCAUCGCCGGCAAGCAGGGCCGCACUGCCGAGGACUUUGACAAGCGCCACAUCUACGCCGCCCUCAAGGACUGGAAGACGUACGGCUACAUGACCAUCUACAUGGGCUGCCUCGUGCCCCUGUACGCCUUCUCGCUCUUCCUGCCCACCAUCCUGCGCGGCAUGGGCCACACCGGCACCAAGGCCCAGCUGCUCUCCGUGCCCCCCUACGCCGUCGCCGCCGCCCUGACCGUCGCCGUCGGCGUCGUCGCGGACCGCACCCGCUGGCGCGGCUACUGCAACGUCGCCACCGUCGUCAUCGGCAUCGUCGGCUUCGUCCUCCUCAUCGUCUCGAGCGACCCGCAGAUCCAGUACGCCGGCACCUUCCUCGGCGCCGCCGGCAUCUACCCGACCAUCUCCAACACGCUCUCCUGGGUCAUCAACAACACCGAGGGCUCCCUCAAGCGCGCCGUCGUGCUCGGCAUGGUCGUCGGCUGGGGCAACCUCAACGGCGUCGUCUCGUCCAACAUCUACCUCAAGAACGAGGCGCCCCGGUACUUCACCGGCCACGGCGUCGUCCUCGGCUACCAGGUCCUCUUCCUGCUGGGCGGCUCCAUCUUCAUGCACUUCGCCCUCCGCAUCUCCAACAAGAACCGCAGGGACGGCAAGAUGGACGCCAAGUGGGCCGCCAUGACCGACGACCAGAAGUGGGUGGCCGGUGAUAAGCGCCCGGACUUCCUCUACACUCUCUAGAGGGGGGUGGUUAUCCGGCUGGCUUUCUCUCUCUAUCUCUCUCUCUGCGAUUGCUUUCGGCUAUAUACAUAGACUUUGGGGCGAGGAAAGAUGGAAAUCUCUCCUCCGUUUGAAGACUGAUCAACAUAUGUUUGGGAUUAACUGGGGGUGCUGUUACUUCUCAAGUUGCGACAGCAUACUUUUCUGUACAUUGUUUGCGUUUGCGACCUCAAUGAUACCACUUGGCAUUCGUGCCAUCAAC